AUGGGAAAGGUUAAAAAGCCCAAGGCCUCGUUAGCGCGGAGCUUUGAAGAGAAAAUAUCGGAUUUGGUUUACCUGAUGUUAGAUGAAAAGUCAUUAGAGAAGCAAAGGAUAAAAGCAGCUGAAAGAGCCCGCCAGGAAGAAGAUGGAAUGUACGAUGCUGAGGAAUCGGAAGAUGACGAUUUUGCUGAGGUUUUCUUGGCCAGGGACUUAAUUUUCGGUGAGGUACUAGCUUUUGUACAAUCGAAAGAUCUCUCGAUGCAGAGAGUUAAGAAAGUGUUGCUUGAAAAAACGGUGGAAAAAGCUCUAAAGGAGGCGGUCCUAGAAGAGCAGGAGCAGUUCGCGCCUUUCUUUGCUAAACAAAAGUCUAAAGAAGAUCUGGAAAAGCUCGACAACGAUACAUUGCGCCAGCAAAACAUGAUGAUUGCACCGGAAACUAAUGACAUGAAUAAAAGCAUUACGAGCUUGUGGAGUACGACCAAAAACGAAGGUGUCACUAAGGAAGAAGAUGAAAAAAAGUCAGCAUCUAAGAAAAGAUCCAAGGACAGCAGCACUAAGUCCAAGAGGCAAAAAACACAGGAGGACAGAAGUCCGCCAUCUAGCAAUCUAUCAUCCUUGGGUGGUAUGGACGAUGUGGUUGCUCAACUCAUGGAGCUCAUUGGUUUGCCCAUCUUGCAUCCAGAAAUUUUCGCCUCUACCGGUGUAGAGCCUCCUCGUGGUGUCUUGUUGCAUGGGCCUCCAGGCUGUGGUAAGACAUCUAUUGCAAACGCGCUGGCUGGAGAGCUUCAAGUGCCAUUCAUAUCAAUUUCGGCGCCUUCAGUGGUAAGUGGUAUGUCAGGUGAAAGUGAAAAGAAAAUAAGAGAUCUGUUCGACGAGGCGAAGACUCUAGCUCCAUGUUUAGUAUUUUUUGAUGAAAUUGACGCCAUUACACCAAAACGAGACGGUGGGGCUCAAAGAGAAAUGGAGAGAAGAAUAGUAGCGCAGUUAUUGACAUCUAUGGAUGAAUUGUCUUUUGAAAAAACAGGUGGAAAGCCAGUGAUCAUUAUUGGCGCCACAAAUAGACCCGAUUCGUUAGACGCUGCACUUAGACGCGCAGGUAGAUUUGAUCGAGAGAUAUGCCUCAAUGUGCCGAACGAGUUGUCAAGAUUGCACAUUCUUAAAAAAAUGUCAUCAAAUCUUAAGAUUGAUGGAGACAUCGAUUUCUCCAAAUUAGCAAAACUUACUCCGGGAUUUGUCGGUGCUGAUUUGAAAGCGCUAAGCACUGCCGCAGGAACUUGUGCCAUAAAGCGGAUUUUCAAUAGUUAUGCUCCCAUUGACCACAACACGUCAAAUUCGAUGGAAGUAGAUGGGGGGUUCCCCUCUGACGAUUUAGUUUCGGAGUUGAAAAACACAGCAAACAUGAUCGAUCCUUUACCUUUGUCAACAGUCCAGAGGUUUAUACAAAACUUUCCAGAACCCCUUACUAGCGAACAAUUAAUGGCACUUUCAAUCAGAUAUGAGGAUUUCUUAAAGGCUUUGCCCACGAUUCAGCCAACCGCGAAGAGAGAGGGGUUUGCUACUGUACCAGAUGUGAGCUGGGCCAAUAUCGGUGCGCUAAAUAAGACCAGGGUUGAGUUGAAUAUGGCAAUUGUCCAGCCCAUUAAGCGCCCAGAGCUCUAUGAAAAGGUCGGGAUAAGUGCGCCUGCAGGUGUGCUUCUUUGGGGCCCCCCUGGUUGCGGUAAAACACUUCUCGCAAAAGCAGUAGCCAAUGAAUCGAGGGCCAAUUUUAUUUCAAUCAAGGGGCCCGAACUUCUCAACAAAUAUGUUGGUGAAUCGGAGCGUGCUAUAAGGCAAGUAUUCACCCGUGCUCGUGCAUCAGUCCCUUGUGUAAUUUUUUUCGAUGAAUUGGAUGCUUUGGUGCCAAGAAGAGAUGCUUCCUUGUCAGAAUCAUCGUCCAGGGUUGUCAACACCUUACUUACAGAGCUUGACGGACUCAACGAUAGAAAAGGCAUUUUUGUGAUAGGUGCUACAAAUCGUCCAGAUAUGAUUGAUGCUGCAAUGCUUCGGCCAGGUAGGCUCGACAAGACGUUGUUCAUUGAGCUUCCAAAUUUUGAAGAAAAAGUGGACAUUAUAAAAACUUUGACUAGAACAAAUGGGACACCACUUGCUGACGAUGUAAAUCUGGAGGCUGUCGUUAAGGAAGAAAGUUGCAGAAACUUCUCUGGUGCCGACUUAGCUGCUCUCGUAAGGGAAAGUUCCGUCUUGGCCUUGAAGAGAAGCUUUUUCAGAACUGAUGAGAUCCACUCCAUCACUGAAAACAAUUUGGAAGAAGAAUUUGGAGAGCUCAGUACUUCUUCAUCAGAAGUUAUAGUCACCAUGAAGGACUUUACUAAUGCCUUAAAAAAGGUUAAGCCAUCUGUAAGUGACAAAGAUAGAUUGAAGUACGACAGGUUAAACAAGAAAAUGGGAUGGAUAGAUGAGGCAGAGGAAUGA